AAAGCUCGGCGCACAACGCUGGCCACGCUCGAACAGCUGAAGGACGUGGUGAGCAUUAGCGAUCUGGCACUGAAGAGCUCCGAUCCCGAACUGGCCGGAUUCGAGUUUAACGCCGUAAGCAACGAGGAGGAGCUGAACGAGCUGGACUUCAAGCUCGGAGCUGACGCAGAGUACCAGGGCAAUCUUACCAAAUGGCUGAACGUGAAAAUAGUGAGCGAAGAUUCCAAAAACCGGCUGCACGAAGCAAUGGAGAUCGUGUUUAAGCGGGAUUUUCUGCCGAAAUGUAGCUGGAAGGGGCGCUCCAAACCCGAGCCCAAAAUCCCGAUGAGCGCUCAGCGAAACAUUAUGGAACUGUUUAGGGUGGUGGGAAGUAAUCGGUUUACCACCAUCACGGAUGCGUUUGUGGCCAAGUUCUUCCAGAAGAAACUGCCAUAUGCAAAGAAUCGAGUGCACUUACAACGCAAUCAAAGAAAGGGCUGCCGGUUGCAUGUGAAAAAGCAACCUGAUACGACUGUCCUGCAACACCUUGCUGGAGCUCAGCAAAUUUCGAUCCAAUGUCGAGCGGAACCGACAACAGUGAGUCGGGUUAGUGACAACUGUAGGAUAUUUGAGAAUGCUUAGGGGAAAACCCCCUAUGAACCACGUUAUGAGAUCAUGUUCGUUGUAUAUUUUUAGUUAGGUGCCGAUAUGAUUAAUUUUGCUUACAGACAAAAUGAAUAAUUUGUUAGAAUGAAAGACAACAAAUGAAAUAAGUAGAAAAAAGGUAUAAUUUACUGAACUCAUCGAACAUGGAAUUUCCGGAACACUUUUAGCCAAUUCGGAACAGCCCGUACUUCUUUCGCCGAAACAGACGGUUUGAAGCGCGCAAAGCUUACAUGUGUAUGUGUGUAGCCAUCUGAAGAUGGGUGCAUGCGAGUGCGUGUGUGUGUGAGUGCGCUGCUUUUUGACAAACUUCAUGGAACUGUCAACGGGCUAGGCGAUUUGUUUAUUCUCGAAAAGACGCUAGCAAGCAGUGAACGCUGGUCUGUUGUUGCAGUAUUUUUAUGCCAACAAUCUAUCAUGGCCUCGCAAAACAUGGCUACGGCGCGUGACAAAACGGGGAAAAUCUACAAAAUUCGUGAGCUGCUGGAAAGCAAAUUCGAGCAAGAGUACGAAGCGGAACAGAGGCUCAUCCAGAUGGAACUUGAAAUGCAGGGCAAAGAGGCAAACGAACUAAUGAUGACGUGCGACGAUGAAGAUCCGUUCGAGGAUACCGGCGACGCCACGAUCGGGGACGUGCUGAAGAUACUCUCUUCCAUGUCGGGUCAAAUCGGGCAGCUGCACCGCAAGAUGGACCACAUCCAGAAGGAGGUGGAGGACGUUUCGAUCCGCGUGCUGCGGGUGGAGAAAAAGCUCGGCACAACGCUGGCCACACUCGAGCAGGUGAAGGAUGCCGUUGCGCUGGGCGAAAAUGCGGCCGGUGCAGAUGCAGGCGAGCCCCCGUUCGAGUUCGAUCCAGUUGCUAACGAGGAGCAGCUGAACGAGCUGGACUACAGGCUCGCCACAGACAGCACGUACCAGAGCAAUCUCACAAACUGGCUGAACAAGAAGAUACUGGGCGAGGAACCGAACGGUCGGCUGGUGGAAGCGAUGGAUCUGGUGUUCAGGCGCGAGUUUCUCCCACUGUGCAGCUGGAAGGGGCGAGGCAAACCGGGUGAAACGAAAAUACCCAUGAGCGCCCAAACGCACAUCAUGAAGCUGUUUACCGCGCUGGGAAGCAAUCGCUUCAUUGCCAUUACAGAUGCGUUUGUGGCGAAGUUCUUUUUGAAAAAGCUACCCCAUGCGAAGGAUCGGUUGCACGUGAAGCGAAAGAAUGUGACGCUCGCUAACCGACCGAACAGCCGUCCUGACUCCACACAGGUUCAAGAGUACGAAGUACUGUAAGCAUGCAGUGACAUACAUUACAGAGGGUAGGUAAAGUAUUGGAACAUUUCUUUGAAAUGCAACAUUGAAUUCAACGGUUUUUCAAGGAAGUUCAGCAAUUUAAGUUCUGAAUUUUUAUGACAUCGAUUAAAAAUACAAAUCGAACACGAAAACACAUCCCAAACAAGGCGUCAAGACGUGUUGACUUUUUGUUUUUCGCUCAUCAAAAAGUGUAAAAUAAACAUUAGGUACAGCAAGUUUUCCAGCAAAACGA